CUGACGAAGCUCCACAAUAACCUAUGUGUAGAGGGAAUUUGUGUUCCAUCAUAACCAAUGACGUGGAUAUAGGUUAAGUUUUUCUACGCUCAUAUGUAUGCAGCGCAUGCAAACAAAUAAAAUCAGUUGUAUCAGGCACGUUUUUCACGAAAAACAAUUUGUAAAUAAUGUUCGAAAUCACGGACACACAGAAAAUCGGGGUCGGAUUGGCAGGAUUUGGUAUUUCUUUCCUAUUCCUUGGUGUACUAUUACUCUUCGAUAAGGGUUUACUUGCUAUUGGAAAUCUAUUGUUUAUAUCGGGACUCGCGUGUGUAAUCGGGCCAUGGAGAACUUUAAAUUUUUUCUUUCAAAGACAUAAAAUAAAAGCCAGUGCCUCAUUCCUAGGAGGCGUUUUUGUAGUACUUAUGGGCUGGCCUCUUGUGGGAAUGAUUUUAGAAACUUAUGGUUUCGUAUUGCUAUUUAGUGGCUUUCUACCAGUAGCAAUAAAUUUCCUACGAAGGGUACCUCUAUUGGGAACUGUAUUGAAUAUGCCUGGUAUCAGUCGAAUUUUGGACAUAAUAGCAGGUGAUUCCAAUAGGACAACUGUAUGAUAAUUAUAUAAUUUAUGUUAACUUUAAAGAUAUCAAUACAUUUUUGUUUAAAACUUGUAUAUAAAACAAUCAUAUAUAUCAUGUUCCAUAUUCUUUUUCUGUCACUCCUGUUUUAGGAUGUCAGUUGUCAGAUAGAAAUUUUUGUACAAAAACAAAAGUAUAUACAUAUAUAUAAAAUUUACCUCCUAUAAAUGUAAGACAAUAUCAGUAAGCAUAUAGUAUAAUUGAUUUGUAUAUUUCUAGUUUACAUAAAUAUAACUUGUAUAUGCUGUCCGAUUACGUUAAGAGUGUGCUUAAUUACAUAUAUGUAAAGCAUUCCAUAAAGUUUUAUACAAAAGAAAGUGACGAUCUAAUUUUUUUUAUCUAAUUACUCAAUAAAUCAGUAAAUAAUUGCCAAAAGCACAUACUCUUUCCUUGAUCAGAUGAUAAAUGUUUUGAGACAAAAUAAUACAUAAACGUGUUUAAUGUAUCAUAUAUCAAUAAGAUGUUUUAUAUAUCAAAAUUGAGAAAAAUUAUAUUCAAUAUAUAUAAAAUCCUUUUUCAAAUUUUCAAAAUGGAAAAGAAAUUGACAAAAAUAUUAAGAACAUGUUGGAUCAUUUAAGCUAACUGAAAUUAAUAACUGAUAAAAACAAGAUAUUUAACAUAAAUAAUAACUUAAAAAAUUUUUUAUUUUUACUAAAAUAAUUAAAUUAGCUAAAUAAUUCGAUUUAGAUAUAUUGUAUGAAAAGAAAGAGAAGACUUUAAAUGCAGUUUUCAAAUAAAUUUUUGUUAUUGACAGGGUAAAAUAAAAAUUUCCGAAUGUAU